UUUGGACCCAUUUAUGACCAACUGUGGUUAGCUAAACCUAUAUUGAUUCAAGAAAGUGUUGCAGACGACCCAUGGAAACUUCUGAUUGCAGUGUCGCUAUUAAACGCAUCACUGGGAAAAUUUGCAAUACCCAUUUUUCAUAAAGUAAUGCAGAGAUGGCCUACCGCUGAUGCUCUUCGUCAAGCCAAAGUGGAAGACAUAGUUUCAGUCAUUCAAAGCCUAGGUCUUCAAAACAAGCGUGCACGUCAUUUCAUCCGGUUGUCUCAAGCUUACGUGGAAGAUCCCCCUCAACCAAAUGUUUUGCGCAAAUCUAACAAGCCCCAUUAUCUUGGUUAUAUCUAUAUCGGUGCCUUGGGCUCUUCUCCUCAAGGUUUGCCAUCUCAUCAACAUAGACGUUAUCAGCAUUACCGCCGUUGCCGCUUACAGUACCCCAUGACUCCGGUCUCUCAUAUGCCGGGUAUGGGGCCUUACGCUCUUGAUUCUUAUCGUAUCUUUUGCGUAAAGUCUGAAUACAAUGAGUGGAAAAGAGUCGUUCCUGAGGACAAAGAGCUGAUUCGCUAUCUGAAAUGGAAAUGGGCAAUCGAGGAAGGAAAAUGCUGGCUGCCUAAAGUUGGUGUGAUAGGACAUGUUGAUUUAUGCUACUUGGAGACCUUAACACAUGAAUUGAUAGCUACGAGACCUUAUUAAUUCUCUCCUGACCUGCCUAUGUAUGGGAUGGUUUGUGCAAGCCUCAGUAGCAAUUUUCGAAAUGCUCCCUCCUUUCCAUUCAGCAGUGUCUCAAUGUUGGAGAAAUCAUCACAUUGGUGCCUAUGCCCUAUGCAUUAGGUGGCAGAUCUUUCGCUU